UUUUCAAAUUCCACAAGCAAACAAGCCCUUAGUUGACUCCCUUCGUUUAAUUUCUGCUGUACUGUACUUCUGUCUUCACUUUUUUAGUUUUUUGUUUGGAAUAUUACGGCCGGGCCGAUUCUACGGUGCUGCUAUUAAAAGUGUCGCACCGGUGCAACCACCUCCUAUUGGGCCACGUCAUGGUACAUGUGGCAGGUUGGAUUCUGGAAAUCGAGUCCAAAACCAAAAAUGUUCAACCACAAGCUCACUUUGUACCACUACCUUCAAGCCAAUCAAGUUAAAAUGAUCCAAUUUUAUGGGCUCGGACUCGCGAAUUGGACUUCGGGGUCUUACAGGUCAGAAGAAUGACAAGUUUUCGAAUCAUUGGCUAAAUUGCAAGUUUGACUAUUAGGAUUACUAAAGAAGGUUGUUAUUUUCCGCUCAUGUCUUUAAGUUAAAAUGAUACUUUUGCCCCCACGAAUUUCUUAAUAUUAUAUUCCUCUUUCACUCCAAUAACACUCCUCCCAUCACCCUCACACCAUCACCAAAUCACCAUCGUUGGCAGUACCACCAUCGCUCGAGUCACCGUCGACGGACCACCAUCGGUAAAGCAAACGGUCGGCCGAUCACCACCGCAGUCAAACCACCAUGGCUGGAGCCAACGAAUGAGGCAACGACCUUCCAGCUCCCAACGAUUUCUUUAUCGUCGGCUUCGUCCACUCGCUGGCGUCGGAUCCCGUCCGCUCACCAGCAUCGGAUGUCGUCCGCUCGCCGGCGUCGAAUGUCGUCCUCUCGCCAGCGUCAGACUAUUAUGAGUCGUCCGACGCCGGCGAGCGGAUGGGGCAAAAAAUAUGACCUUCUCGGCAAUGACAACACGCCGGAGAGCUUUUCUUGGCGACUUCUCCAGCAACGGUUGCGGCGAAGUCCUUCAAAACCGGCAGCAACAUGUGAGAGGAGGGAGGGACAGGCAGGUCACGACGGUGGGAGGAAGAGAGGUAGUCGGUGGUGGGGAGUAGUUGGCGGCGUGGGAGGAAGGGAAGUGGUCGGCAGUGAUAGGGGAGGUGGUUUAGGGAGAAAAGGUCGGCGGCAGUUUGGGGAUGGGAGGAGGUGUACUCUUGUGAGAGGAUGAGUUUAGAUAAAUUUAGGGUUUUAAGUUUGACUAAGGGCAAACUUGUCAUAUAUUUUAAAACUAUGGGCGGUAAAUAAUAAAUACUAGGGUGGCAAAUAGCGAUUCAUUUACUAAAUUGCUUUAUGUUUGUCACUAUAAAUAUUUCAGUUCAUUCGUGGUCACAGAAAUAGUGAAAUUAGUACAACCGUCCAUGUUUGGUUACUAGUUGUUACCUUUCAUCAGUAGCCAUUAACGACAUCAGUUUUUUUUUACUAACAUUGCUAACAUAAGUGGAUAAUGAGCCAAUUUUAAUAUGAGAAAAUUAACAACUGACUCGCCACGUCAUUAAAACCCGUCACAUAAGAUACCCCAACUCAACCCAUGAUCAGGCCCUUUCUCAUCUUCCUCUUCUUCCUCUAUUUGAUUCGAAUGGAAAAAAAUCCUACCUACCAAACCCCAAAUCAGUGAGCAAGCAGGGUAGAAGCAAACCCACUGGUGGCGGGAGAUUCAGUGGGUCGAUACUUUGUCACCGAGCUAAGCGGAUGCGCGAGAGUUGGCGGUAGAUUAUGUUUGUCGGGUUUGGGUUGACAAACGCAAAUUCAUUUUCUUCCUUGCUCCACACUAACUGUUGACACCUAAAAAUUAAUUCGGCCGAAAUUAAAUGCCGCAUUAAUUAGUAUCGGCAUUUAAUUCGAUACCGGGGGUAAAAGACGACGUCGUUUGAAAUUAAGCGGUACCGCAAGAAAGCUCACCGGUACCGCAAGGAAGUUCACCGGUACCGCGACAGUGGAAACGGCACCGGUCAUCAUAAAACAAAAGAGGGGCCGCGCGUUUAGUCGUAGUUGGGGAAGGAGUUUUGUUUACUUUAAUUAAUUAUUAUUAUUAUUUUUUCCUUGUUGGAUAGGGAGAAGCGGCACCGCGGAGAACUAAAACGGUGCCGCGGAAUUUAAAACGGUACUGCUAUACUAGCAAACGAUAGUGUUUAAUAAUAAACAGUGUCGUGGAAGAAAAAAAAAACACAAACGGUUGGUUGGGGAAGAAAACUACACCCCAAGGCUGGAAGCGGAGUCGUUUAAUAUCAAAACGAUACCGCUUAAAGCAUCAACAACGCCGCGAUAUUGCUAGGCGUUUGAGACCAUACCACGGCGGGUUGGAUUUUGGCGAGUCCCGGCAAGACCAACGGUACGGUUUGGUUGAAAAACAAAACAAUGUCGCGGAAUGGAAAACGACAUUGUUAAACGACAUCGAUUAGUGAAAGGUGAUGCCGCGGUAUUGGUGAAACGACAUCGUUACAUGGACAAGGUUGUAGGAUUUGGCUCAACGUCGUUUCGCCAAGUUUAUGCAAACAGGAGCGGUUUCGAGUGCACGUGACUUUUACGCAAAGCAGAAAGAGGAGAUCAAGGCAGUUGAGACACGUGGGAUUUCAGGACGGAGCGUGAAGAUUACGCAAGUGAUUUCAAAUAAAAGCAGCGGAGCAAGGAGAGAGAGAGACAACCAAAUCAACACAGAUAAACUCUGUUCAAACUUUACCUUUUUUCUCUGUAACUCCUUCGCGGAGCUCUCCUUCCAGGAAGGAUCUCCAUAGUUGUAGUCUUAGUCGUAGUCGCGGAGCUCUCCACAGGAAUCUCCAUAGGAGUAGCGGUAGCGUAGAUUCCUCAAAACUCAAACACCCUCGUUCGAACGUAGUUUGGAGAGGUGCGAACCGUAGUAACGGUCGUUAUUGGUUAGAAGUCAGAGGUGCAUCGAUCAGAUCAACACCGCCCGGCGGUGGAUAUUUGACGGUCACGUUGAUUUCACCAUUUAGAGGUGCAUCGAUCAAAUCAACGGCGCCGACAUUCGGCGGCGGAUAUUUGACGGUCGUCUCGAUUUCUCAGCGGUGCUUCUGAUCAAACGGCACCGCAAGGGUUUCCACCGCGAAACAUCAAAUCAACAUCGCCGGAAACG